GAUCGUAGAGGGGGAUAUGAUGAUCGCAGGGGAGGAUAUGAUGAUCGCAGGGGAGGAUAUGAUGACCGUAGGGGUGGAUAUGAUGACCGUAGGGGAGGUGGUGGAUAUGAUGAUAGACGUGGAGGGGGUGGAUAUGAUGACAGAGAUCGUCGUGAUGGAGGUCGCUUUGGUGGUGGUGGUUCAAGCAAUAGACGUGGCUAUGGGUUCGGAGGAGAUCGAGAUAGAGAUAGUUAUGGUGGGGACAGAUAUGGAGAUAGAGGGCAUAGAGAUGGACCUCCAAGAGAUGGACCUUAUAGUAGGGACAGAGAUGGACCUCCUAGAGAUGAAGCUCCUCGAGAUGUACCCACAGAACGCCCAAGGCUUCAACUGCAAAAACGUACAAAACCAAUUGAAAAUGAACCUCAAAAAAGUUCAAGCUCCAUAUUUGGUAGUGCAAAACCUGUUGAUACAGCAGCUAGGGAACGGGAAAUUGAAGAAAAAAUACGCAAAGAAGAGGAGGCUACCAGAGAGCGACUUGAAGCUGAAAGAGAAAGGAGGGAUGAGAGAAGACCACGAAGAAACAGUGAUAGAGAGCACCGUGAGAGACGCACAAGUGGCAGUAUUAGUGAUGAACAACAAGGUCACCAAGCUCCAAGGAGGGAGAGAAAAACUAGUAGCUCCAGUUCUGGGAAAGGUAUUAGAACAGUUGGGCCCCCACCAACGACUCCUACUAGGACAAUGGCCAGGAGAGACAGUGAGUUAUCAAACCACUCGGGUGAUCAUGUAUUCGAUGAUGAGCGCUCUCCCCCACAACCAAAACCAACAACACCAAGAAGUAGUGAUGACGUUAAAUUGAUUCCAGCACCGCCACCUUCAGAAAAUGCCUGGGCAAAAAGAAAACAGACUGUUCAGCCAUCACCUCCUGCCGCCAGUCAGAGCAGCACAGCGUCAACUACCCCUCAGUCAAAACCUUCCAAAUCAGAAUCAGAGAAGUCACCACCUACUCAAAGUGCACCCGCAGCAACUGCACCUGCUACCAAGGCCUGGGGUAAAGGCAAACCUAUAGCUGUGGAACCAGCUGAUCCACCCAAGGAAAAUGUAUGGGCUAAACGCAAGGCUGAAACUGUCAGCACUACAAGUGUUUCCCCAAAACAAUCUAAUGAAAAUAAAGAAAACAUAAAUGAAAAAAAUAAUAGUUCAAAAGGAACUUCUGAGACGAAACCAGUAGAAAGAGAGGAACCUGCAACCAAUAAUAAACCAAGCCAAGAGGUCCCAAAUAAAAGUCAAUCUUCCGCACCUCCAGCUAAUGCAUGGGUCAGGAAACCAGUAACUGUGUCUAUAAAUGAUGCUCCAAAUACAACACGUGUUGUGACAGAUAAGUCUAAUGCAUGGGGGCGUGGUCCUCCAUCAGGUGGUGGUACUCAUGGGAGUGGGCGUGGCUCAUCCCGGGGUGGAAGAGGGAGUGCACAUUCAGAGAGGGGUAGAGGUGGUAGGUCUAGCGAACGUCGCCCACGCCCAGAAAAACCCCUCCCCAAGUCAAUAGAUGAGAUGCCAAAGGCAGAUGAAAAUGACAAGCAAUCUAAAAACUGGAGCCAUUCUAAUAAAUUUCAAUUUUUACAAGAUGAAGAAGAAGACAUAGACCAAUAAGUAUCACUGGAUUAGGCUAAUUAAUUAAUGUGAUAUUUCAACGUGGCUGAUAUAUGUUAUGGAUAUGGACACAUUGUUAGGGCAAAGCUUUAUACAGUAUCAAUAAACUGCAAUAUGAAAAACAUCUCCACAUUCUUGGAGUGAACCUUUUUAAAUGAUGACCGUAUUUUGUAUGUGGAGUCUUUGAAUUCAUGUUAUGUUUACAUGGUAAAUGCAAAACGUACUUUGUAAACCAAUGCUUAAACUUUGUUAUGACUUAUGCCUCAUAUGUUGUGGUAUAAUAUGAUGAGAAAUUGUAUUGUGUUUUCUGGUAGCUUCAUCCAUGUGUUUAUACAUCAAAGGCUCAACUUCAGCAUGUAGCUGUUUUUUCAAUCAACCCAUAUCUAAUAUAGUGAAUCAUGGAUUUUGUCUCAUUGUAUGGGUUAUCCAAGGACCUCAUUUUGUUUGUGGUAUGAUGAUAGUGUCUCGUGGUUCAGAUUCUUGUAUAUAUUACAUAUGUUUAUUUUUUUAUUCAUUAACAUGUAAGUCUCUUCCUCCAAGUAAUUGUGUUAAAGAAACUAGUUUGUAUAACUUGUGGAGAUAUUUUAUCUCUAUAUAUGUAGACCUUCAGUUCUAUCCAUUGAAAUUCUGGACCGAAGUCUAGCUAAACUUCAAACUUAAUAUGAGUAAAAUUGUUUGA